GUACGCAUGCGCCCUCCGUCCCGCGCUUUGUUGCGAAAGCGAGGGGGCGAGGUGCUGCGGUGCUAGAGCGCGGCGCGACCAGACGCUGCGGGCGGGGAAGAGAAUGGAGGCUGUAGCGUCCGCUGCAACGGUUGGGGCUGCGCGUGAGAAGGUGGCGGUGUAGGCACCUGCGCUCGGGGAAGGCUGGCGGCGGCGGCCGGGCCAUGGCGGGAGACCCCCUUCUCUGGGCUCCCUGAAGUCUCGGGGAGCCGUGACCCAUGGGAUCGUUGAGCAGCCGGGUGCUGCGCCAGCCAAGACCAGCCCUUGCCCAGCAGGCGCAGGGUGCCAGGGCGGGGGGCUCGGCCCGGAGGCCGGACACUGGAGACGAUGCGGCGGGCCACGGAUUCUGUUACUGUGCGGGCAGCCACAAGCGCAAGCGGAGCAGGGGGUCCUUCUGCUACUGUCACCCUGACUCGGAGACGGACGAGGAUGAGGAGGAGGGGGACGAGCAGCAGCGGCUCCUCAACACCCCUCGAAGGAAAAAAUUAAAGAGUACAUCUAAAUAUAUUUAUCAAACAUUAUUUUUGAAUGGUGAAAACAGUGACAUUAAGAUUUGUGCUCUAGGAGAAGAAUGGAGCUUACACAAAAUAUAUUUAUGUCAAUCUGGCUACUUUUCUAGUAUGUUCAGUGGUUCUUGGAAAGAAUCCAGCAUGAAUAUUAUUGAACUGGAGAUUCCUGACCAGAACAUUGAUGUAGAAGCACUGCAGGUUGCAUUUGGUUCACUGUAUCGAGAUGAUGUCUUGAUAAAACCCAGUCGAGUUGUUGCCAUUUUGGCAGCAGCUUGUUUGCUGCAGUUGGACGGUUUAAUACAGCAGUGUGGUGAGACAAUGAAGGAAACAGUUAAUGUGAAAACUGUAUGUGGCUAUUACACAUCAGCAGGGACCUAUGGAUUAGAUUCUGUAAAGAAAAAGUGCCUUGAAUGGCUUCUAAACAAUUUGAUGACUCACCAGAAUGUUGAACUUUUUAAAGAACUCAGUAUAAAUGUCAUGAAACAGCUCAUUGGUUCAUCUAACUUAUUUGUGAUGCAAGUGGAGAUGGAUAUAUACACUGCUCUAAAAAAGUGGAUGUUCCUUCAACUUGUGCCUUCUUGGAAUGGAUCUUUAAAACAGCUUUUGACAGAAACAGAUGUCUGGUUUUCUAAACAGAGGAAAGAAUGGCUCUCUUCUGUGUAUAAACAGCAGUGGUUUGCUAUGCUGCGGGCAGAACAGGACAGUGAGGUGGGGCCUCAAGAAAUCAAUAAAGAAGAACUAGAGGGAAACAGCAUGAGGUGUGGUAGAAAGCUUGCCAAAGAUGGUGAAUACUGCUGGCGUUGGACAGGUUUCAACUUCGGCUUCGACCUACUUGUAACUUACACCAAUCGAUACAUCAUUUUCAAACGCAAUACACUGAAUCAGCCAUGUAGCGGAUCUGUCAGUUUACAGCCUCGAAGGAGCAUAGCAUUUAGAUUACGUUUGGCUUCUUUUGAUAGUAGUGGAAAACUAAUAUGUAGUAGAACAACUGGCUAUCAAAUACUUACACUUGAAAAGGAUCAGGAACAAGUGGUGAUGAACUUGGACAGCAGGCUUCUGAUCUUCCCUUUAUAUAUCUGCUGUAACUUCUUGUAUAUAUCACCAGAAAAAAAGAAUUGAAAAUAAUCGUCACCCAGAAAAUCCAGAAAACUGAAGAUCUCAUCAGUUGGAAACAGUAGCACUUUGAAAACUUUUUAGGCCAGCUUUAAUUUAAUGGCCCUACUGAUAUUCACAUCGAAGGUGACUAACAAUGACAAAGGCCUUACGAACUGUACAGACAAUACAGAAGAUUAUUCUUAUCCUCAUUGCAUUUCUAUGCAUAUGCGUAAGAGCAUUUUAAAGCCAAGAAAAUAUCUGUCAAACCAUUUCUGUUAGAACGAUGUCAAUUCAUGCUUUUAAUUUAGCAUCAAUAGAAAAUUGCUGUAGGUAAAUCUCACAUUUAUCUGCAACAAAAUAUAGAUUUAAUUUUUAGCUUAAACUUUGUUUCUACCUUAUGUUAGUGGACCUCAGUUAUCCAUCUGUAAAUUUCUUUUUAUUUGGCUAAAAUAAUCUAAAAGAAUAAUUUGGUUGGCCAUUUAGAAAUGCCUUUUUCAGUUGGUGCAUUGAAAGCUUUCCUUUAACAUUUUCACCUGCUCAUUGUGAUUCCUCCUUUUAGUCUAAUAUCUUUCCAGUUCAUACUUGUUUUUAAUCAUUAAAUAUUUUCUUCCUGGUUUUGGAGACUAAGCUGAUAAACUUUUUUUAAAACUUAAGCAUUGUCAUUGCUAUUUUUUUUAAUUUGACUUUCCUAGGAGUUUAAGAACAGUGAAAGUUAGCUUCGCACCUUCAAAUGAUCUUGAAUGAGGGAAAAAUCAGUUUGAUUCCAAGGAUAUUUCUUGCCUUACAUGGUCUUUUCUUUGACAGUCUGUACACCUUUAUUAUUAGGUUUUGAAUUAUUUAUGUACCAGAUAUUAUAGUUUUAAACAUUUUAAUAUUCUCUGAUCUUUAGAAUUAUUUAUGUUCAAAUUUUAGUUGGGAACUUUGUUUCCUACUUAAGCUCAGGACUUUUUACCCUCUGAAUUGAGUGCCUUUGAGUGACACAUGCUAAUAGAAAUUUCAUAGUAAAUGUAAAUAAGGUCAGAGGAUGUAAUAUGGAGCCUGAUGAUGAAGCAUUAAUGUAAAAAUGGAACUUAUUUUUGUCAAAAAUGAGAUGUACACUUGUCAUGAUUUAUGUAUGUUGACCUUUUGUGUUUAUUACUGUUUUGAAAAUAGCCAUGUUCAUUUUCUUUCCAGUUAGAGUAAGUACUUCUGUGGUUAAUGUAUAUUUUUAUUAUGGUUUUUUAAAUGGGAAUCAUUUUUAUGUAUCUGUGCAAAUAAUAAAUGCCCAUUUGGAAAAAGAGUAAGCUCUUACAUAAAAUGGACCAAAAAAUCCCCCUUAAUUGAAACCAAAAUUUUUUCUUUCUAGUUAGGUUUUUUUCCCAACUCCUUUUAACUUUUGGAAUUUAUUAAUAAUUUUUUUCUUAAUGAUAUGCCCAUAGGUUCAUAAAUUGCUUUUGUUCUUUUAAAAUUCAUCCAUUUGGUUUAACUUAAAGGACCCUUUUAAAUGCCUCACCCUUGACCCUCAGAGCUGGAAUUUAAAUGUUUCUAAUACAGUGAUUUGGCUGUUAUCAAGAGGUUACAUUUCAGCUGGGUGUCAGCCAGGUGUGGUGGCUCACACUUGUAAGCCCAGCACUUUGGGAGGCCGAGGCAGGCAGAUCAUCUGAGGUCAGGAGUUUAAGAUCAGCCAUGACCAACAUGGUGAAACCUCAUCUCUAUUAAAUACACAAAAUAAAAAUUAGCCAGGCAUGGUGGCACACGCCUGUCAUCUCAGCUACUCAGGAGGCUGAGGCAGGAGAAUCACUUGAACCCAGGAGGCAGAGGUUGCAGUGAGUGGAGAUUGCGCCAUUGCACUCCAACCUAGGCGGCAGAGUGAGACUCCGUCUCAAAAAAAAAAAAAAAAAAAAAGGCUACUGUACUUAUUUUUAUAUUUGACUAUAUUAGGUCUUUUUCACGGGAAGCUGUUGUUUUCUUUCCGUCUCAUUACUGUAUAAGAGUUUCCUUACCCUUUAUGUAUUGAAAAAUAUAUAAAUGCCAAACUUAAAUUAUUUGGAUAAUUAAGUUUUUGCAGAUCUUGGAAGUAAAGAUAAUGUUUUGAUCAUAUUAAUGAAUAAAGUUAACUGUUUCAUUUCACUUACAUAAGUUAACUGGCCAAAUUGGAAUUAUAUGUGGUUUCAUCCAUUGGUUCUGUCCUGGCCAAGUUGCUUAUGUCAUCCAUAGACAGGAUAAUUCUUUAUUCAAUCACAAGUAGGUUAAUGUUCUUAUUUGAGAAGUUGAUAAUUGUCAGGUAGUAAUUCACACUGGUAGUAAAGAUGUGCUUUUGUUUUCUUACCAAAUAUUUUUAUGUGUUUGCAGAGUUCUUUUCAAUAGAAAUAUUUUCAAUAAAGUGUUAAUAGUGUAAGAUAAAGUAUUGUAUAAACCA